AUGAUACACCAUUGUCGUGAGGACCAAGUCGGUGCGCGAAGCUUGACACUGGUAUUCUCCAGGGGUCGACUGAAGAGUUGUGUGUCCCAGGUUGCAAUCGUCCAUGCAGGCUAUGGAGAGCUGGCGGUACGAACAAGAGGAUGUCGAUCGGCUUACCUGCAAGCGGCUCAAAGGGUAUACUCCGUAAUACCGUUUCCUUCAUCCCUUCGACAGAAUGACUUUCAAGGUUCGAACUGCCGAAUGGCAGGGCCAGUGUCUCAUGAACGCGACGAGACGAUCAGAAGACACCUGCAUCCAGGCUCCAACCUGGAGCAUCUCACCCCUGUCUGGAUGUGGUCACAAGCGGAGCCGGAAGAAAUCAACGAUGGCGCGGAGGGCGUGAGAGAGUUGGGAUCGGCAAAGGCUGGUUGA